UUUCACAUAUUUAUUUUCUUUCAUUAUUUCAUUCGAAUUCAGUACGUCAAGGAAAAAUGAGUACCGAAGACGAUGACCGGUUUGUAACCCCAAACAAGCGGCUGCGGAGGACCGACGACUCGACAGCCACCGGCAGCAGCUCCCACUCCAGCGUGCCCCUGCCGCCCCCACGCAUGGGCUCUCUAACCACACCACAGCGGCACCACAGCGCAACAUCCGCCACAAGCCCCGCAACCAGCUCCCAUGACCUGAUCCGCUGGCAAACCAUGUCGCCGAAUGGCACCUUGCAGAACGUCAUCCGGGCGCGCGGCUCGGUGGCAGGCCCCGAGAGCGAGCAGCAAGGCAACACAAUAAUCCAGCAUCUGAUAGAGAUGCGCAAUGCCGAGCAGGUGCAGCGGCAGAUGGCCAAUGAAUUCUCGCCGACACGGCCUGGUAGACGGCCGCGGAUGCUGGGAGAGCGAUCCCGUACAGGAUCGAUGUCAGGCUUGGAGCAGCAGCUUGUAGGGGAUGCGUUGCCACUUGACGACGAUGUGAUUGAGGUGUCAGCGAGCGAGCAGCUGACACCAGUAGCGAAACGGCGGCUGCGGGCCAUUCCAAGGCCGUUAGCAAUGUCACGUAGUGCCCGACAAUUUGAUAAACGAGAGCUGCUGUCCAGCCUAUUGCACAACAAGCCGAUUGUUAUUGAUGAUGACUCGGCUGAUGACAAUGGCGAGCAGGAAUCAUGUAGCUCGGUAUCGACACAAAAUGUGGAUACAGCGUCACCAAGGGAACCGCAUGUCGAUGCCAAGUCGCACACUGAGACAGUGGUGGACCAGCUGCAACUCCAGACGAGCGGGUCGGUCAAGGGAGAGUCGCAAAGCCAGCGCAAUGAGCCCGCUAAACAGGAGCCAGGCGCGAAGAGCAAUACCGCAGCAGCUACCGAAACUGUUGAUGUGGAUGACUGCCUGGAUAUGCUCGACAUGGGUGUUGACGAGCUCUUGGACGGCCUGGAUGAUGAUGUAGAGCAAGACAUCAAACCUAGGGAUCCAGUGAAGAGAGGCUAUCCGUUUGCAACCUAUGAGCGCUGCUUGGUACUACAAGUGACUGAGGGGCGGUACACGUCGGUAGAGCUGUAUGCAGAGAGUAUGUCCUCAGGGGCACGGGCACAAAAGGUUGUGCGGAUAUACUCGCAGACCGCUAGCUUGGAACGCACAGUGCUGCUGCGUGGACGGUGGUAUCCAACGCCAGUGCGUGUGGGCGACUACAUGAAUAUUGUGGGCACGAUCCCCGAAAGAUCCACAGAGGUGGUUAUCGACGACUCAUCGCACCAUCUGAUGCCGAUUCUGCAUCCAGAUACCCUUGUAUCGAGCACACACUUGUCGGAUGCAUAUUCAUGUAUUCGGAGGGCUGUUCUGCGUGACCGCGUUCAGGAAAUUCGUGACGAUGGACCAAUGACACCAGUGAUGCUGAUUGGCACGCUGCUACACGACCUGUUCCAGAGCUGCGCGCAGAAGAACCAGUGGGAUGACAAGGCAAUCGAGGAGACUGUGUGGCAGCUGAUAGCCAGCAGCCUGGAGCGGCUGUGGGAGUGUGGGAUCGAUGAGAAUUCGGCAUUCAAGCAAGUCAUCGAGUGCAAGGGCAUCUAUCAGGACUGGGCGCGCAAGUACAUGCAUGGGUCGGCAGAGCAAGGUGCGCCAUUCACGCUCAGCAGCAACGCAUCCAGGGGUGAGGAUGUAGACAACGCGGUAUCGAUCUCCAAGGUGCUGGCGAUCGAAGAGAAUGUGUGGUCGCCAAAGUUUGGCCUGAACGGCAAAAUAGAUCUAACCAUACAGACAAAGUACCGUGAUGGCACAACGCUGGUGGAGCCGAUGGAGCUGAAGACGGGACGAAAUAGCCAGAACGCGUCUCAUCGUGCACAGCUUGUGCUAUAUACGCUGCUGCUGUCUGACCGCUACGACGUGGAUAUCGGCAGCGGGAUUCUAUACUACCCGCGUCCAAACGAUGUGCUCCGUGUGCCGCGGCUAGUUGAGGAAAUGCAGGGGCUGAUGGCGGCUCGUAACGAAAUGACAACGUAUAUUGCCCAUGCACACCAGACGCCGCGGCCGCUACCAGCACCCAUCGGCAAUGAAUUUACGUGCAAGCACUGCAGCUUUGCGCCUACAUGCUUUGUGGUGCACAGGGCGAUGGAAAACGGCACGCUCAAGUCUGCAAAGGUGCCUGCGGCGAUGUGGGAGCCAGCAGUGAGCCAUCUUGCCGAGAGCCACUUGGCGUUUGUGCGCAAUUGGAUGGCUCUGAUUGAUGGGGAGGAGUCAGAUAUGCAGCGCUUCCGGUCGGAGCUGUGGAAGAUGUCUGCGGGGCAGCGAGAGGCACAGACCGGCAGAUGCCUAGCGAACAUGGUCCUGGAGCCUGGCAGCUUCGAAGACUCGGGCAUAGUUGGGUCGUACAGCCGAUACAGGCAGGCGUUUGUUCCUGCGGGCGGUGAGCAGCGUGCAUCUAUGCUUGAUAGCCAGCUGUCGGUGGGGGAUCCGAUUAUUGUUUCAUCGGAAAAGGGACAUUUUGCUUUUGCGCUUGGGUACAUAUCGUCAUUCGAGUUUAACCGGGUGGUGGUUGUCAUUGAUUUGCCGGUACGCGGGAUUCCACAGCGACUGGGUGGGUUCGACGCGCAGCGGAAUCAGGACUUCGCAUCGAUAAUGGAAAUCAGAACUAGACGUACAGCCUGCGGUCUAGGAGGACGAAACUGUGAUCCAUCCACCAGUCCCUGACGGGCCAGUGACUGAUGAAACGACGUUCCGACUCGACAAGGACGAAAUGAGUACCGGCAUGAGCCGGAUCCGUGCCAACAUAAUGCGCAUGUUUGUUGAGAGAAAUGGAGACAGGGUAGCAAGAGCGCGGAUUGUGGAUCUCGAGCAGCCGUCCUUUGUAGCACUGGACGAGAGCAUCGAGGCGCGAAUUGCGACAGCGCAGCAGGCAGACAAUCUUAAUGCGGGCCAGAUUCGCGUGAUGCGCAGGGUGCUGGCAGCGGAGGACUAUGCGCUGGUGAUGGGCAUGCCGGGCACAGGCAAGACGACAACAAUUGCGGCACUGGUAGAUCGUGCUCGUGAGUCUGGGCAAGUCUGUGCUUUUGGCGUCAUACACGCAUGUGGCAGUAGAUAAUAUCCUGCUGAAGCUGGAUGAGCGCAAAGUGCCG